UGGAAGGGAGCGAGAGAGAAGCGCAGAGACCAGAGCACAGGAGGCGGCCCCGCAGGCGAGGGCGGGCGGGGCGAGCUCGGUGCUCCCGGGAAGGUCAGGCGCUGCCCUCCCUUCAGCCCGCCCCGAACAGCAGCGACACCUGGGCGGCGCAACCGGCUGCGAGCGCCGGGCGGCAGAGAGUAGCUGGCAGCGCCGAGGAGGUAGAGGGGGCAGCUGGGGCUGGGGCAGAGACGCGGCGCGAGCUCUGGUUGUGACUUUUCCGCCCACUGGCGGUGUCACCAGGACUGCUUUCUGGUCCUGCUCUGGCUCUUGGUGUAGCUGGAGGAGUUGGUGUAGAGAGAGAUUUCUGUUGUCCUCGCUAUCCUGACUGCUGCAAAAGUGAACCACCGGUGUCGGCAACCAACAAGCUUCAUUUCUCAGUGUCUCCUUUAGUUAAGAGUUACUUCUGCUGCCCUCGCUGCCGCCGUGUGUCCGGGAAGUUAGGGACACCAGGUUAAAGAUGCAACAAGGAGGCUGCUGCUCAAGAUGGUGAUAAGCAUGAAGAUACUGCGUCUAAGACUGAUCCAGAGGGUCCACUGAAGGAAUUCUGCUGAAGGCCCACACAAGGCAUGCGGCAUCCUCCUGAGAGCUGCUCAUCCCACAGACCACUGCUACAUCGAGGGACCUUGCUCUCAUGGUUUUGAUGUCAUCUGCCUAAAAUUUUUGUGGAGCUCAGAUAAGACUUUUACCACCAAAUAAGAUACCAUUUAAUUUUGCAUCCUGUAAUUACCCUGGCUGUAGUCUCAGCUGGUUUUUUUUUUUUUUUUUUGCACAGAAUCCCAAGCUACAUUUGUUGCAAUUGUUCCUUUUGUGUACACUGUGCUCCAAAAUGAUUGACUUAAGUUUCCUCACAGAGGAGGAACAAGACACCAUCUUAAAGGUUCUGCAGAGGGAUGCUGCCCUGAAGAGGGCUGAAGAGGAAAGAGUCAGACAUUUGCCUGAAAAAAUUAAGGAUGACCAACAACUAAAGAAUAUGAGCGGCCAGUGGUUUUAUGAAGCUAAGGCAAAAAGACACAGGGACAAAAUCCAUGGUGCUGACAUCAUCAGAGCAUCCAUGAGAAGGAAGAGGCUCCCAGCAGUAGCUGAUCAGAACAAGGACACAGCAAUGAGGGCAAAGGAGAGCUGGGUGAAUAAUGUCAACAAAGAUGCUGUCCUUCCCCCAGAGCUAGCUGUUGUGGAAGAGCCAGAAGACGACACAGGUCCCGCAGGCCCAAGUUCCAGUGUGGUGGAUCCAGUUUCCAGUGCGAUUGAUAUAUCCCAGGAAAAUACGAGGACUCCAGCUGUGUCUCUGCCCAAGCAAAGGAAGAAUCCAUUUGACAGCCCCAGACAGCUGCCAGAGGAUCACUCAUCACAGCAAACCAAAACCGAGCAGUCGAAAACUGGAAAAGCUGGUUUAUUUCAGAUUUCAAAAGAGGGUGACUUAUCAGAAUCAAAAGAAAAGCCAUCUAUUCCAGAUUUGCCAUGUCAAAAGUUAGAGAAACCAAAGCAACCUGUAUCCAUGGAACCUGAAUAUACAUGUCAUACCAAAGCUCCAAUCCCCAAAGCCAGAAAACUGAUCUACAAAUCAAAUGACUUAAAGAAAGAUGAUAACCAAUCUUUUCCUGGACAAAGGAGGGACUCCCUGAAUGCAAGAGGAGCUCCAAGAGGGAUCCUAAAGCGCAACUCCAGCUCCAGUAGCACGGACUCAGAGACUCUCCGUUUAAAUUACAACUUUGAUCCGAAAAGCAAAAUCAUAUCACCUGGCCUAACCAUCCACGAGAGAAUUUCUGAGAAGGAGCAUUCUUUAGAAGACGACUCUUCCACAAACUCACUAGAGCCAUUAAAGCAUGUGAGAUUCUCUGCAGUGAAGGAUGAACUUCCACAGAGUCCUAGACCUGUCCUCAGCCAGGAAGUGGGAGAAUUUACUGUUUUAGAAUCUGACAAGUUGCAAAAUGGAACUGAAGAUGCAGGGGACAUAGAUGAGUUUCAGGAUCACCCAGAGCUCUCCCACAAAAAACCUUUGUCUCUUUGUCAGUCAGUGUCAAGCCCAAGCGUUUCAGAAAGGGAAACAGAGAAGCCGAUGUCGUCUGGGUCUGCUCCGAGUGACGAAAUCCCUUGUCAUUCAGACAUUCUACCCACAAGACCUCAUUGUGUUGAGAAUUCACCCAUCAUCAAUGAACAACAAGACAAAUCAUCACAUUUUACAAAGCUUCAAUCAGAAUUGUCCAAAAGCCCUUCGGAUGAACUGACUCAGUGUCUUGAGCCUGAGCCAUCACAGACAUCAGACUACCAUUUUAGAGACCAUCGGCAAGGUAAGCCCCCUCUCAUGGCUCUCACUGGUCAGACAUCCUCACACCUGAGUCCAUGUGCUCCAGAGAUAAGGAAGACAACUGAUGACUCCAUAUCUAAAGUCCUAGACUGGUUUAACCGAAGUUCUCAUACAGAGGACCGUGUGUCAUCACUCCAACAUCUCCAAGGAACAGAUCUCAGGCAGCAAACAGACUCAAAAGCACAGAUUAGCAAUGCCUUGAUGACAGACAACACCUGUCUGAAAGAAGACGACUCAAAGGUCCCAAUGUCCACUAAAAUUAAGUUGAAGCCUGUGAAGUCUGACUUGGCAUUCCAAGAAGAGGAAGAUAUGCCGGUUUCUGAAACUUGUAAAGACAGCGAUGCACUUCUCAAGUCUAACUCCGAGAAUUUGUCCCAACAAGACACCCUCAAGGAAGGCCCAGAUACACUGCAACGAUCUGAAAGCUACAGAGUCCCAAGUCGCAGGAAUGAAAACAUGGGUGGUAGCCAAGGUUCAGAGAGCACUGGAGAAGGAGUGGGGAACCUUCCUGCAGACAGUGACUACCUGCUCAAAGCUCUGAAAAGAUCUGAUUCAGAAGCCCAAGCCCCAUGGAACACUAAGCAUCCUGGAAGCUUAGGUAAAGAGGAAACCAAGUUCCAUGUGCCUCAAAAAAGUAAGGGGAACACACAUAUAAAUGCUGACUCUUCGGUAAUUGUCCUAGGUUCUAUUUUAAAAGAUGAUGCAGAGAGGAAAAGCAAAACCAGAAAUACUUCCCUCCUAAAACCUUCCCUAAAGACAGAGAAUAGUGCAUUGCCCUUUGGGGCUGCCGACAGUGGAUCUUCUUGGAAGAAGCCUGAGGACCAAGAAGAAGCCAGUGAGGAUCCCAAGAACCAAGUGCUGAGAGAGAAAUACAAGCGAGUGAGCGACAGAAUAGCUUUUUGGGAAGGAGGCAGAGCUGGUGCUAAGUUCAAGGCACCACAACUCACAUCUGCUUGCAGCCAGGAGCCUUCUGCUACAGCACACCAGCCCAUGAAGUCACAAGUCAUGUCCCUGGGUAGUUUAUCUUCAGGCCAGAGUGACUGCAGUCAAGUCACAGCUAAACAAGUGGUCUUUGAUGGGGAUGACCAAACACCCCAUCUCACUCAUUUUAAUUCCUCAAAUAAACCUGAACCAAACAGGCCCUCGAUAUCCGUUCUAUCCAAAAAUCAUCCUUUAGGUAACCAGUCUGAAAAAGUAACUCUACUUCAAACUAUGAGGGAUGAAAUACACUCUUCUUUGGAGACAGAAAGGUGUGUGAUUGAUAAAUCAAAUGGCAACUUCAAAGUUCUGUCCCUAAGAGAAAGAAUGGAUGAACCCAAUAUAGAACAAGUCUAUAAUCACUCUCAGUUUGAGAAUCUGAGAAAGUUUUGGGACCUGGGAGAUAAUGUAAAUAGUAAACAUAAUAAUGAGAAUAAUACUGCAACAAACAAAGAAACUUCUGUGUCAUUGAAUGGCCAGAAAUCCAAGGAGUUUAAUACCAUGAAAUUAUCAAGAGAAAAGACCCAUGAAGUAGAAGAAGGAAGACAUUUUAGGCCAGGAAAUGUUAUAGCUACUGAAGAGACAGAGAAAUUAAACUUUAAGUGCAUGCUUCAAGUACCACCAGAUGAAACCAUAUUUCCACAAAAUAUACCCCCAAAGAUCAUUUAUCAGUUGGGAGGAAAUGAGUCUGCAAAGGAAAAUGAAGGAAAAAAUACGGAAUGCUUUGUUACUUCGGUGAUUAAAAAGGCUUGCUCGGAUCAAGAGAUUCAAGAAUCCAUAGCAAAAACAAGCAUUUUGCCUAACAUCUCUAAAGACACAUUCAAUGACAGGUUACAGAAGCUGCUGGCAGAAGCCACAUCACCAGCAAGCCAGACUUCUGGCAAGAAAGUUCAUGGACAGCAAGCACUCAAAGCGGGUGUUUCUGAAAAUGGGACAGGGCCCCAAAAGAAAAGUUUUGCCAAGGAUGAGGAAGAAGUUGCAGGGUUUAAGAAGAGCCCCAAAGAACCCCAAAGAAGAAAUCAACAAGACUGUAGUACAGACAAACUCCUGAAGGAAGCAACCAGAACUCCAUUGACUCCCUUGCCAUCCCUGCAGGAACCUGUUACUAGUAGACCCAUCUCCCCGCCUAAAGAUGACCUAUUGUUUGAAAAGUGGAUAAAAGAGAAUCACAGACCUUCAGCGUAUCAGAGAGAGAUAACAGCUCCUUUGGCAGGUACAGCUCUCACCCAGAAGGACAAACAUUGUGACAUAGAAGGUAUGCUUCAGUUGGCUGCCGAAGGGUCUCCUCCACUGGCUCAGCCUUCCCAUUCUUUUGAGGGAGUUUCCAGUUCUCCAGCAGAUGUGCCUUUAUCUUGGGAUGCUCGCCUUCGAUCCCAGGAUGGCGCAUUGCCUUCUCAGAGGGAAAUUUCGGAGGCUAUAGAGAAAGUUGUUCUUCCCUCCAAACCGGCAGUGACUGAUGUAAAUGCCAUGUUACAGAAGCUACUUAGGGAAGCUGGAGAAGUGGACACCAAGCUCCCUGAAAGAGAGCAAACAGCAGAUAUACCCUCAAGUCCUCAGAGAGUGAGUCCCCUAUGGGCUGUUCCAGGCCCUGUUGUUCCAAAUAAGGACUUCCAUUCUUUUUGCACAGUUUCUGAUACAACUCAUGAAGGAUGGUCUCACUUAUCUGCCAGAAUGUCACCAUCAACACAUGCCACUAUGUCACCCACUUCUACGGUAACUCAGUCUGGCCAGGAGUUACUUCAGGAAGUGGCAGAAACAGUGAGGGAAAUGGUCAUUCAGCCCAAGUCAGAGCACCCUGAAUUCAAGGCUGGCUUGGAAAAACUACUGAAGGAAACACUACAAACUUCCCUGCCAAAAGAUGAAAAGGAUACAGUGACUAUUUCUCCAUCAGCCUUAACAGGUAGUUGUGAGAUGUCCCAUCAACUUGCUUCUGAAUUCCAUCCUUCAGAAAUACAAGAAACUGUAGAGAAGGCUGAGGCUCCAUCAGUAACUGAGAGUAUUUUUGAUGUUGGUCUUGAGAAACUUCUUAAGGAGUUGUUCGAAGGGCCUUGUCAGCUCCAGGUGUCAGGGAAAAGAUACAAUUUGGAGAAGCAGCCUUCGCAGGUAGAGCAAGCAGGGCUCAUGGUGGAAAUACCCCAUCUUUUUUUAGAUGGCUCAGGAGCCUCUAAAAUGAAGGUCAAGUGUAAUGUUUUAGAAUCUCAAAUCAGCCAGUGUGAUAAACAAUUAGGAGGAGAUGAAGCUGUGACUGGUCCAUUGAUAGAUGUCCAGGGUUACAAAAGUGGGUUUGAGGUCCCCGAAUGCUCACAACUUUAUGAAGACCAUAAAAUAGAGACCAUUGAAACUAUACAAUUUGUGGAGGACAGAGGCAGAGAAAAGGUCAUUGCAAGAGAAACACAGGCUUCCCAGGAACCAGGCUUUGAAGAAGCUCCUAAAGAGAUGAGGGUGUCCAGAAACAAGCACUCCAUUGUUCUCUUGGAAACAAAAGGAAAGGCUACAGAAACACGUGAAAUUAAAUCAGUACUAGCAACACCAUAUAUGAGACAAGAGAAAGAACGAGGACCAGAGGCAUGCUCUGAAUCUGAGUUUUCAGAUAGGAACACCAGCUUUAAUGGGGAGAACUGGAGAAAUACCUCCAGUUCAGAAGAAGAGCACAGCCCUGUUUUGAAAACUUUGGAAAGGAGAACUGCUAGGAAAUUGCCUUCCAAAAGUCUAGAAGACAUUCCAUCAGAUUCAUCAAAUCAAGCAAAAGUAGAUAAUCUGCCUGAAGAAUUAGUACGUAGUGCUGAAGAUGAUCAAAAAGCAGACCAGGAACCAGAUACAAAUGAACAUAUACCAGGAAUUUCCACAGUGCCUUCACUGCCUGAUAAUCAGUUUUCCCACCCUGACAAACUCAAAAGGAUGAGCAAGUCUGUGCCAGCAUUUCUUCAAGAUGAGAGCGAUGACAGAGAAACAGACACAGCAUCAGAGAGCAGCUACCAGCUCAGGAGAUCCAAGAAGAGCCCCAGCUCAUUAACCAAUCUUAGCAGCUCCUCUGGCAUGACGUCCUUGUCCUCUGCGAGUGGCAGUGUGAUGAGCAUUUACAGUGGAGACUUUGGCAACCUAGAAGUGAAAGGAAGCGUGCAGUUUGCAAUCGACUAUGUGGAGUCCCUGAAAGAGCUGCACGUGUUUGUGGCUCAGUGUAAGGACUUAGCAGCAGCAGAUGUUAAGAAACAGCGCUCAGACCCAUAUGUAAAGACCUACCUGCUCCCAGACAAAGGGAAGAUGGGCAAGAAGAAGACACUUGUAGUGAAGAAGACCUUGAAUCCUGUAUACAACGAGAUACUGCGGUAUAAAAUUGAAAGGCAGUCUUUAAAGACGCAGAAGUUGAACCUGUCUGUUUGGCAUCGGGAUACUUUUAAGCGCAACAGCUUCCUGGGGGAGGUGGAACUUGACCUAGAAACCUGGGACUGGGACAGCAAACAGAACAAACAGCUGAAGUGGUACCCGCUGAAGAGGAAGACGGCACCAGUUGCCCUUGAGACAGAAAACAGAGGUGAAAUGAAGCUAGCUCUCCAAUAUGUUCCGGAGCCAAGCCCUGGCAAAAAGCUUCCUACAACUGGAGAAGUCCACAUCUGGGUGAAGGAAUGCCUUGACCUCCCACUGCUGAGGGGGAGCCACCUAAAUUCUUUUGUUAAAUGUACCAUCCUUCCAGAUACCAGUAGAAAAAGUCGCCAGAAGACAAGAGCUGUGGGAAAAACCACCAACCCCGUCUUCAACCAUACCAUGGUGUAUGAUGGGUUCAGGCCUGAAGAUCUGAUGGAAGCCUGCGUAGAGCUCACGGUCUGGGACCAUUAUAAACUAACCAACCAAUUCCUGGGAGGUCUCCGGAUCGGCUUUGGAACAGGAAAAAGCUACGGGACUGAAGUGGAUUGGAUGGAUUCUACUUCUGAGGAAGUCGCUCUCUGGGAGAAGAUGGUAAACUCUCCCAACACUUGGGUUGAAGCGAUGCUGCCCCUCAGGAUGCUUCUGAUUGCCAAGCUUUCCAAGUGAUUCUCGUCGGUUUAUUCCGUGAUCAAAAACUACUCCCCGGGAGAUCUGAGCAUGAGAGUUGACUUCAUAGACAAAUAUCCUCUCCCCCGUUGUCACUAAUGACUUUUUGAAGCAUGCUCAACUUAAUCUGCAUGCAUUUUUUUGGUUGCACAACUCCAGGGAGUUAAACGAUGACAAGAUGUACGGCCCAGUAGAAGUGUGGUGUGAUGCCAACAUUCAAGGAGACAGUUGGACAAGCUAGGAAAAACUGAACUGUUGCUUCCACACCAAAGAAAAAGCUAGCUUUACAUGUUUUGUACCACAAUCUGUGUUGCAGUUCAGGCCUGCCAUUUGGUUAUCGAAAUGCUUGCUGGGCUUCUAAAUAGGAAGGGUCUGGGCAAAGCAACGAGGAAACUCCUGGGAUGGGGCGGAGAGAGGAAGGAAAGCGGUGAUGACAACGACCUACAUAAUAUGAUGACUAUUUACUUAAUAACCUCUAAUGAAACAUUGAAUUCCAUCUUAGGGCAGUAAGACUGACUUCACUGCUCAUAAAUCUGCCUUGAGAAACCCCCUACACACCCGAACUCCUGUAACCUCACCUUCUCAGUCUCAAAUGGACGUUGGUGCCACCUACUGGCUGCAUAUGGAAUUCAGCUCUUGGCUUAUUUUGGCUUAAUUUUUGCUAAAAUGGGUGGCAAGUCUAUAUUUUAUAAGGCUAUGCUAAAAUACUGCACAUAAUUGAUGGUUUUCUUAUAAUUUUACUAUAUUAAAACAGCAUAAAGUAGUCACAGAUAUGCUUUGCUACAAAGUUUCAAUCAGAAUAUAAAUUGCUCAACUAUAUUGGACUUCCUAUGUAUAAUUUUCAUAAGGUAUUUUGUAAAAACCCUUAGAAUAAAUUAUCAUGGUUUAAAUUGU